UCCUGAAUUUCUCUCUGUCGUUUGCUUUGAUUGCCUUUUCAAUGUCCUCCAAUAGAUAUCCCGAUCGCCACAGCAUGUCGCGUCUUUGGAAGGAGUUUAGCAACAUUCUACGAGCUGUACGCCUUCGUUUGUGUGACGCUUCGAAAAAAUCGAUUGGAAUGACUUCAUCGUCUCCGUGAUUCCAGUCAAGACAAAUGGGUACUCCAUAGGAGCAGUAGGGGUUGUCACCAAUGGUAAUCUCAUAUUCACGAAUACACACGUUCUUAAAGCGAACGCCACGAGAUUUGGAAGAAAUACCAGCCGCGGAGGAGCAAGUGGUACUGACAGUGUCUUCUCUCGUGUUCUUGCACUGUUUAGUUGGAAUCGCUUGGAAUCCAUCCGUAUUGUUGUCGUCUUCAUCGUCAUCAGUAUCUCGUCGAAAGGCAUUCAAUCGAUAAAACAUGGGCGCUGUGGGUCCAGUGCUGCUGCUGCUCGCCACUUCCGUGUCGGCUAGUGAUUCUUCCGCCGGUAGGUUGGCUGCAUCGUCCCCAUCGUCGCCUCGUGUAUUAUUGAUCAUGGGUUUCUCAGUACUGGGGGGAUUGCUCGCCGCCACCAUGGAGGAAGUGGACUCAAUAGAAGCUGGUUCUGUGGUUUCGGUCAUAUCUCGCGAUCGAUUGUGGUUGUCCUUGUCGCUUUCUUCGGUUGUUGUAUCUGCUGCGGUGGAAGGUACCUCACUACUGGUAGUGGACGCCAUAGCAGCAGUCUCAACGCUCACCUGAGUCAUGGUCAACUACUACUAUCGACUUCUCAGCGUGACAAUGGAACGCAAGGAUUCGAUUCGAUUCUCUUCAGCGCGUUCUUUUGUUCUUGUGUUUUCUUCUACAAGUUGCCAGCUAUCCUGGUCUCCUUCAGAAGAUGACGCAAGUCCUCUGCAACCAUGCAAUGCAACAACCACAGUGGCGAACCGAUAAAUUGCCUGCGUCAAUUGUCGCUGUGUUGCUGAUGUAUUGUCGUGGACGGUAUACGCAAGUGCGGUUGUGAUUUCCAUUGUCGCUUUGCAAUUGCUGUCCUGCGGCUCGAACGCUCGAACAGCCCAAUUUGGAGUCGAGCAGGCCAUGCCGUAUUCUUGAGAGAUGGGGUAAAACAAAAACUCUUCAACUUGCUGGCCCGGAAUGAGAUCUUUUGCUUGCCUCAGCAUGACCUGCAGAAGGCCGUUGAACUCCCAUUCCGAGACUACCACGAAGCAAGUGCACCCAGAAGUGGAGUGAGGCGCUACAAGUACAUGUAUUACUAUAGUAAAGGCAAGCUGAUACCAUGCAAAUAUAGAGGCUUUGAGCGACUGACAGACCAUUGUUUUUAAACAUCAUUGGCUCCCAUCACACUGCAGCAUUUACACAAGCAAACUAUACAGCUUCCUGCAAGACUCUGACGACCCAUGCAGUGGAUAUCAGGACCAUACCUAUACUUUUUAAUUAGGGACAGGACAGGUUUUGCUGCUAAGAUAAAUGCACAGCUCUAUGCAUACUAGCUAGCUAGCAGGACAGGUCUUGUGAAAACCAUCAAAUAAUUACCCAAUAUGCCUUCUAAAGGACCUCACAGAGAGAGCAAUCGAUUGGCUCUUUCGGAACACCACAGUCUGACGCGGCUGAUAAAUUAAUGAAACCUUACUCAGAGUACGUUCAACCUCCGUUCUGAAAGAGAGAAGAUUGGAUGAGGGUAGCUGGCAGGAAACAUUCAUUAAAUAAAAGAAGAAGUAAGGAAAGAUACAAUAAGAAUGAUAAAACAGCUUCGGUCACUUAUGCGGAACAAGCCUAGUCAAUCACAAAUAAUUCUCGUCCACGAUCAUCGUCAUUGGCUGAUCAACAAGAUCUGGAUCCCACCAUCAUUAAUGUUCGGAGAGAGGUCCCCAUCAAUCCGUUCCUUUCAUUAUCAUUCUCAACUUUGCGAGGUUGCCUUGAUGUUGGUUAAACAGAGCAACUAGCUGCACCAGUUACUUGGUUCCGUUCCAUAUUCCAUUUCAUUCCUUUCUCGGCAGAGGACUUUGGAUACCCUUGCAAGAUCUGCUCUCAUAAUUUAUUUAUUUUGUGGACAGGCAAAGAGCAGCAUUAGCAUGUCAGCCCCUGAUCAAUCUCCGCUUGCAGGCAAAGACUGGUUGGUCCACAAGUUUGGUGGCACCAGUGUGGCCAGUGCGGAGUGUUUUCUGCGAGUGGUUCAGAUUAUUGAAGACUCUCUGGACAAUACCAAGAACGUUGCCAUCGUAGUAUCGGCCAUGGGCGGCAAACCCAAGACGACUGAUUUGCUAUUAUCCACUGUGUCGGCCGCAGCCUCACGGGAUGAUGCUGCCGUUCAAGCAGCCAUUCAGAAAAUUCUGGACAAACACACGAGUUGCUUGGAAACUUUGUUUGGCAGCGAACUGCCCGCCGAAUUGGAAAGAUUGCUCAGUGUGGUCAAGAAAGAUAUUGAUGACAUUCUGGAUAUUCUAAAGACUGUGUCAUUGAUGAAAUGGCAAGCUGCAAGGAUCAGUGAAUUAGUCAGUGGUUACGGAGAAGUUUGGUCCACACAAAUAUUGGCUGCCUUGCUGCAAAUGAGAGCAUCUGCCAAGACCAAAAAUCAACAAGCACUUCCAACCAAUGGCAACAAUCAUCAAGAUGCUUAUUUGCUACCUUCUACCAUCCCCAACAAAUCAGAAUCUUUGUCCAUGGAUGCCGAAGAUAGUGAUGAAUCUCCCGCCAAUGAUCAAAAUGACCACAAUGGAAUUGACGCCACGAAUGAGUUUUAUUAUGUCGAUGCCCGACGAGUGAUUAUUGUUGAUGAAGAUGCCGUCCAAACUGGGGCCGUAUGCUGGGAUAUUAGUCAAACCAAAUUGCAAGACGUGUACCGAGAAGCCUGCGCCAAGGCACAAAAUCCAAAGAGCAAGGUUCAUUUGGUCAUGACUGGCUACGUGGCAUCCAAUACAAAUGGGGUAGCCACCACCUUGCAACGAGAUGGAUCCGAUUAUUCGGCGGCUAUUCUGGGACGCUUGCUCGGCGCCGCACAAAUCAAUAUAUGGACCGAUGUUGAUGGGUGUUUGUCGGCAGAUCCUCGGCGAGUGCCAGGUGCCUAUGUCAUUCCGGAUGUAUCCUAUAAUGAAGCAAUGGAGCUGAGUUACUUUGGUGCCAAGGUUAUUCACCCAAAAACAAUGCAACCAGCAAUUUCCUCCAACCCACAAAUCCCGAUUUUUAUCCGAAACACGUUCAAUCCAACCUUUCGGGGAACGAGAAUCUUCACCGUGUCCACCACGGCUAGUGGGGACGGGGACAAGUGUGUGUGCGGUUUUAGCAGCAUCGAGAAUAUUGCCUUGAUCAACGUGGAAGGUACAGGAAUGAUGGGAGUCCCCGGUGUGGCCAAUCGUCUCUUUGGAACCUUGGAAAAAAUGCAGGUCAAUGUCAUUCUCAUUUCACAGGCAUCCUCGGAGCAUUCCAUCACAUUUGCAACACGACAAGAUCAUGUAGGCACGGCCAAGGCAGCACUGGAAGAAGAGUUUCGGAGAGAGAUUCAUGCCAACCAUAUCACGGAGAUCCAGGUGAAAGAGCCAUGUAGCAUUAUUGCCGCUGUAGGCGAUGGAAUGUCCAAUGUUGCCGGGGUGUCAGGGCGCUUCUUCUCGGCCCUCGGUCAAGCCAAAAUCAAUGUACUCGCCAUUAGUCAGGGCUGCUCCGAACGAAACAUUUCCGCCGUCGUCAAAACAGAAGAAUCAACACGUGCCCUGCGAGCUAUCCAUGCCGCCUUUCGGCUCUCGCAUACAACUGUUCGUGUGGGCAUUGUUGGAUUGGAGAACAAUGAGAUUGGAACCUCCCUGUUGAAGUUGUUACAAGCACAACGCGACAAGCUACGCAGUAUUUUCGACGUUGAUUUGCAAGUCGUUGCAGUGGUUCCCAACAGCACAGCCGACCGUAUUGUUCGUUUGACUGUCGACAAGCCAGGCACGAACGAUUCCAUUACAAACAUGGCCUACAAUGAUGCCAUGAGUGGUGAUGCUUCCAACAUGGAAGAUUCUGCUGUCUCCUUCAAGGGACAAACACACGAAAUUGCAACUGUGGAAGCUGGUGGUUUGGAGUCUCUUUAUGGUGUUCUUUUUCAAGAAGAGUGCACGCAUCACGUUUGUUUUGACUGUACGAGUAACCCGCAAGUCGGUAAAAUGCAUGCCGCUUGGUUGCGCUCGGGUAUUAACAUUGUCACAGCCAACAACACGGGUCUAUCGGGACCUAAGGAACAAUUGGAUGAGAUUCGAGCGGCUGAGAAACUGUACGGCAAACUUUCCGCGCAUUACCUUCGUGAAGUCACCGUGGGCGGAGCCUUGCCUGUGAUCACGACUCUGCACAGUCUCCUCGACUCUGGCGACAGGAUUAGAAGAAUGGAUGGAAUUAUGUCUGUGUCGAUGUCCUUCAUCAUGUAUCGAAUAUCUCCGCCACCUCGUGGUUCGGCAUGUUACAAAUUUGAUGAAGAGUUUACCAUGGGGGCAUUUGGGGCCGACACGCACAGUAAUGAACCCUGUCUCUUUAGCGAAGCCAUCAAGGAGGCAGUGUCGCUUGGAUUGAUGGAAAAGGACCCUUCGCUUGAUUUGAACAAUGACUACACGGCAAGGAAUCUAAUGGUUCUGGCGCAGGAACUUGGGGUCGAACAGAAUGUGUCUGCCGCGAGCAUUCAGGAAUCUAGCGAGAAGUUGUUGGAAGUGUGCAUGCCAGACGGUGCUAAGAUUGACUACCAAGACAUUUCAUCUGGGGCGAUGGACGAGGCAAUAAAAAAGAGAGUGGACGCCGCUCGAGAGAGGGGCUGCGUGCUUCGGCACAUCUCUAGUGUCAACGUUCGGGACCGAGGGAUUUCGAUCAGGAUUGUGGAAGUACCCGACACCCAUGUGUUUGCGUUGACGCCGCCUUCCUGCGAAACAGUCAGGUUCUUUACUCACAGGCACGAGACAUAUCCUCUGGUCAUCCAAGGUCCGUCGGCAGGAGCCGAUUCGACCGCCAGCGCCUUACUAGCAGAGUUAUUACAUCUAAUGAAAGAGAAAGUGGGCCCAAGGAGGGUUACUCUGUCAAGAAGAGGCAGUGCAACUCUCUUGUCGAAUGAGAGCUUGAAGGGACUAGAAGAGUAAAAUGGAAAAGAGUGACAUUGAGGUCCCCCCAAAAGGAUACUUCGCUUGCCUUUUGAAAUAAUUACGGCUAUAGCAAACCCGAAUUAGCCACGCAAGCUCCUGGUCAUUUCUUUUUUCCUGGUUCAUUUUUAGUAGAGCAAUAAUGGUACGACUGUACCGACGGUAGGUCUCUGCUUUGCUACAUUGGGUCAGGUACCGGUAUGCUUGUACAACGUACAACCUGCCUUUCCUUCCUCUACCGUACGCAAAUGCCGCGGCUGCUGGCUUCGGCCAGAAGCUCUACCACUGGAUGGGAGUACUAUUGAACAUAUCAUCUAGCUAGAUAGUACCCGAAUCGAUAGAGGCACUCUCGCUUAUCACUGUAUCUCUGGAUCAAGCAUGCCAUAGUGGGGUUCGUCUUCACUCGCGUUUCCGAGAGCUCCCUCGCAAACCAGUUUUUGAGAGCUCAAUUUAACUCCCGCACCUGUAAGUUCAGGAC